CGAAACAUCAGGAGAGAAUGCUUCUGGAACAUGACCAUACAGCCUGGAAAACUCACAGCAAGCCAAACUAGGAAACGAGGCAAGUGGGGUUUAUAUAUCUUUGGAAUAAUGUCCAGGGUGGGAGAUUCAGAUAGUCUAUCUGAAACUCUAAUAAAAUUUAUUUAAAGAGAGUGGGAGGAAGAACUCUUGUCUGUUUGAGGCAAGUGUGAAUGUUGCGGGGUUGUUGUAUGUUUUCCGGGCUGUGUGGCCAUAUUCCAGAAGCAUUCUCUCCUGACGUUUCACCCACAUCUAUGGCAGACAUCCUCAGAGGUUGUGAGGUCUGUUGGAAAUGAGGCAAGUGGGGUUUAUAGAUCUGUGGAAUAAUGUCCAGGGUGGGAGAUUCAGAUAGUCUAUCUGAAACUCUAAUAAAAUUUAUUUAAAGAGGGUGGGAGGAAGAACUCUUGUCUGUCUGAAGCAAGUGUGAAUGUUGCAGGGUUGUUGUAUGUCUUUCGGGCUGUGUGGCCAUGUUCCAGAAGCAUCCUCUCCUGACGUUUCGCCCACAUCUAUGGCAGGUUGUGAGGCAGAGAUCUGCUCGGGAAAGGCUGGGAAGGAAGAGAGGGAGAGAUUGGCUUGUUGUCUCACCAGUCAAGGAUUUGAAGGCAACGAGGAGGGUGGAGCCAGGGAGGAGGAGGAGGUGGGCAGAGGAGGUCGGGCAUUGCUGGGCAAGGAGGGCUCUCUGGGGGAGAGGGAAGUCUUCCUUUGGGUCCUCCAUCCUGGGGAAUCAUCCGAGGCAGCCAGAGGCAGCCGCUCUCCGUGGUGCUGAAAGGAGAUCCCAGGCAGAAGGCGCAGGCAGGGAGCUGUCCACAGCCUGUGGUGCUGAAGCGGCAGGACGCACAAAAGCCUCUCCGAAGCCUCCUUCUCUCCAUCCUUCUCUCUCGGAUGGGCAGCACAGAGCCUCUGCUAAAGGAUGCUGAUGUGAACUGAGCUGUCCGCCAAGCCGGGCAAGUUUUGGGCCGCCUUUUCUCAGGACUCCAUCCUUAUCUCCCCUUCUUCCCAGAGCCAUGGCUUUCAUGGUGAAAUCGAUGGUGGGCGGGCAGCUGAAGAACCUCACCGGAGGACUGGGCGGAGGAGAAGAGAAGGGAGAAGCCGAGAAGUCUCCGGCCGAAGCCCAAGGCAUGACCAAGGAAGAGUAUGAGGAGUACCAGAAGCAGCUGGUGGAGGAAAAAAUGGAGCGGGAUGCCCAGUUCGCCCAGCGCAAGGCGGAGCGAGCGACCCUGCGGACCCAUUUCCGAGACAAAUACCGGUUGCCCAAGAACGAGACGGACGACAGCCAGAUCCAGGUGGUGGGGGGCGACGUGGAGCUGCCCAAAGAGCUGGCCAAGAUGAUUGAGCAAGACAACGAGGAGGAGGAGGAGAAGGACUCUGUUAUCGGGCAGCUCACCAACAUCCAGAACCUAGACAUAGAUUCCCUCAAGGAUAAGGCCCAGGCCACCUUGGAUGACCUCAAGCAAUCCGCCGAGAAGUGCGCCGUCAUGUGACCCCCUUAAAAAAAAAAGUCCCCGAAAAAUUGUACAAAGUGGGAGUGACCUAGAAAGAGAAUGAUCCAUCGGAGAGGAAGAGUGGGUGCUAACUAGGAAAGCGAUCCAGCCGAUUCCCAUUGAGUGUUUUGUCCUUGAACGUGUGUGAGCUGGAUAUUUCCUUCCCUACGAGGGUGCAUCUACACUGUGGAUUUAAUGCAGUUUGAUACUACUUGGAUCACCGUGGCUCAUUCCUAUGCUCAUUGGUGACAGUGUGGAGCCAUGGAAGUUCAAGUGGUAUCAAACUGUAUUAAACCGACAGUGCGGACGCACCCAAAAGCCACAGUCCUCUCCUUGUGACGGGUGUCUUAUUUGUCCCACAUCCUUGUAUGGUGUGUGUUUUCAAUGGUCUCAGGUUAGAUCCCAAAGUUUUGUUGUCACAUGAUGGUACAUUUAUGUCCAAUGUGGUCCCAUGCGUCCCCCUCUCAGUGGUCAAGGAAGAGAGCCAUGUACUAUUCCAAAACUACGCACCGUAUGGGAUGUGUAGUUCAAAGAAAGCGGGUCUAACUCCCUUCACCUUCUACUCCCCAUGGAGGUGUUUUUGUCGGUUCAUUUUUGCCAAAUGAAAUAAGUUCCAAGCAAAAAAAGAUUGGUCUAAGUUUAUAUUAAGGUCUCCUGACGUCUUCCAGAUUCAAAAUAAUCAGAGAUCUUGAAUUCUCCCUCGUCCAUAGCAAUACAGAGAAACCACGACAAUACUUUGCACUUCGAAAAAAUAAACAAAUCUUAAAAUGGCACCUUAGAGGUUAGCAAAGGAAAGCACAGGCCCGUUUUACCGACGGGGAAACCGAGGCACAAAGGCUCGCCCAGGUCUUGGCCUCCAGACAAGGCAGCAGGAUAGGAAUGGAAACCCAAACGUAGGUAUCGUUUCGUUCCGAUUCCACAUCUUGGGAUCUCUUGGUGUGUCCUGGCUUCCAAAUAUCAGGAGAGGGGAAACAAUGACAAAAAGGUCCAUGUACCUGUGUGUGACGAAUGUGGCCAUCAGUCUGUAUGUCGUGCCGUGACUAUGCAGUGUUCCUGUACGAACCCCUACCUGCUAUGACGACUCCUUCUUCUCCCGUUAUUUCCAUGGUACUGUUCAAAAUGAUGGAAUAAAGAUCAAGAAUUCUCUAUGCA